CUAGUACCGAGCGAGCUUUACCAGUCGCUGCAUUCUUUUCCCUUGCAUCAAACUCAGCGGAUCUAAAGCACAGCAAGGGUGAGAAAUCCACCGAGAUCCCACCAUGCAUUACAAUAACCUAGGCCGAUCAGGUCUCAAGGUGAGCCAGCUUUCCUACGGUGCAUGGGUGAGCUUCGGCAACCAGCUCGACGUCAAAGAAGCCAAAACCCUCAUCCAAUGCUGUCGCGACCAUGGCGUGAACUUCUUCGACAACGCGGAGGUGUACGCCAACGGGCGGGCAGAGGAGAUCAUGGGCCAGGCUUUUCGCGAACUCGGCUGGAAGCGCUCAGAUCUUGUGGUUUCCACCAAGAUCUUUUGGGGUGGCCAAGGGCCUAAUGACAAGGGGCUUUCCAGGAAGCACAUCGUGGAGGGCACCAAGGCGUCCCUGAAGCGCCUCGACAUGGAUUACGUCGAUGUGAUAUAUUGCCAUCGCCCCGACGCCGCCACGCCCAUCGAGGAGACGGUGCGCGCCAUGAACCAUGUGAUUGAUAGUGGCUGGGCGUUUUAUUGGGGUACAAGCGAGUGGUCGGCGCAACAGGUUACAGAGGCCUGGGCGGUUGCCAGCCGGUUGGAUCUCGUCGGUCCCAUUGUCGAGCAGCCUGAGUACAAUCUCCUCUCUCGCCACAAGGUUGAGGCUGAAUACCUUCCGCUUUACAGUAGCUAUGGCUUGGGACUGACCACAUGGAGUCCACUGGCAUCAGGUGUUCUUACUGGGAAGUAUAACAAGGGAACCAUACCUCCAGACAGUCGUUUUUCCUUGGAUAAUUACAAGAAUCUUGCUAGCAGAUCACUUGUUGAUGAUGUGUUGCGCAAAGUUGAUGGAUUGAAGCCUAUCGCAGAUGAGCUUGGUGCUACCUUAGCUCAACUUGCUAUUGCUUGGUGUGCUUCAAAUCCAAAUGUCUCAUCAGUAAUUACUGGUGCAACAAAGGAGAGCCAGAUAAUAGAAAACAUGAAGGCUCUCGAAGUCCUUCCUAAGCUGACGCCUGAUGUGCUUGAGAAGAUUGAGGCUAUUGUCCAGAGCAAACCUAAACGUCCUGAGUCAUACAGGUAAAUUGAGUCGACAGGUAUAAUACUGAAGAGUUGAGAACAUCUAAGCCUGCCGACUAUCCUGCUUCUCUUAAAGUGUUCUUCUAUGUUUUUUUUUUUUUUUUUUUUUUUUUUUUUUUUUUUAUCGAUACUCUGAAUUUUGUCUUAUGACUUGCAUGGGAUGAUUCUGAUAUUUUAUUGCUGUAUUUUCUUUGUAUGGAUGAAUUCAGUUCAUGAAGUCAGUAUGUUACUAUUUAAGAAAGAUUGAGCUGAAUGUUUUUAUAUUAUUUAGAAGGAUGUAAUUUCGAUGCUGCUAAAA